AUGAUCCUCCUGACUCCCUCCUCUGGUCUCUUCCAGUGUACCAACAAGCUCUUUCUGAGUGAUCAGUCCACGGGACUUCAGAUCAAGGAGUUUGCGCGUAAAAAUGCAGCAAAUGCUCUGUCGGUUGCCAACAUGGUCAUGGGCAUGGCCUCCAUUCUCAGCAGCCUUAAUGGGCACCAUCAUGCCGCAUGUUGGCUCGUUCUGAUUGGCUACCUGCUGGAUUUGGCAGAUGGAGCAGUUGCCAGGCGACUCGAUGCCUGCUCUGCACUGGGUGCAAAGCUGGAUGACUUUGCUGACUUCACGACCUUUGGGAUUGCCACAUCAUUGCUCCUGAGGACAUCUGACCUGCUGGACAACGUCCUGUGCAUGUGUUAUGUCCUAUCUGUGUUCGUCCGCCUUUGUUUCUUUUCAAGCGGGAUCCCCUUUAUGUAUCGCGGCCUGCCCUGCAUCUACUCGUCAGCCAUCCUGGCCAGCGCUUCUUUGCUGUCGGGGGGAAACAUGGUUGUGCUGCGGGUCAUCGCAGUGGCCAUGAUCCUUUUCAUGAUCAGCCAGAACUUCUAUCCCCACGACAGAGUGUUGGAGUCUCAGGCCUGGAAGAAAGUUGUCUAUGCUGGAGGAGUCGUCAUGGUGUUCUGCUCUUCCUUCCCGCCUGCAUGUGUAUACUACCUGCUGUGGUCUGUCUCCUACAUUUUGUUCCCGACAUCCCUUUGGAGCAGUAAGGUGUAAAAAAAAAAAAAAAAGGGGGCCUGGCAUUGUUCAGAACUCACAAAUAGAUUUACCUCAGGCCCAUGUGGGUGGACUGAUGCUUCCAGACUGCUGCUGCUCCCUCCUGCUACGGAGCCAAACUUGCUCAUCACAGGUGAACACUCGUUCUAUUUAA